AUGGCCAUGGACCUCAUCCUCCAGGAGAAGGAAAGGGUGUUGGCAAUGAUGGAAAGCCAGCAGGCAGCCAGUACCACGGCGGUCAUGCUUCCACUCAUGUUCAGGGCGUUAUCAUGGACCUUGAGGGGUCUUCAUUGCUCCUCCAUCCCUCUAUCAACAAGAAUGUUCAGUGAAAGAGCAGAUAAGAGCCGCUCCCUGGCUGAUAAAGUGGCGGUGAUCACUGGAUCUACUAAAGGGAUUGGCUUUGCCAUCGCCAGGCAUCUGGCCCAGAAUGGGGCCCAUGUGGUCAUCUGUAGCCGGAAGCAGUGGAAUGUGGACCAGGCAGUGACCACUCUUCAGAAGGAGGGACUGAGCGUGACAGGCACUGUGUGCCAUGUGGGGAAGGCUGAAGACCGAGAUAGACUGGUGGCUAAGGCCCUAGAGCACCAUAAGGGCAUUGAUUUCCUGGUGUGUGUGGCGGGGGUCAAUCCCUUGGUGGGGAGCACUCUGGGAGCCAGUGAGCAAGUCUGGGACAAGAUCCUGGGAGUGAAUGUGAAGGCCCCGGCCCUGCUGCUGAGCCAGCUGCUGCCCCACAUGGAGAACAGGGGGGGAGGCUCUGUGGUUCUGGUCUCAUCUGUGGCAGCUUAUAUGCCAAUAUCAAAGCUGGGAGUCUAUAAUACCAGCAAGACGGCCUUGUUGGGCCUCUGUAAGUCUCUGGCUGUGGAGCUGGCUCCCAAAGGCAUCCGAGUGAACAGCAUAGUACCAGGAAUAAUCAAGACCGACUUUAUUCAAAUGGAGAAAACAUUGCCGUACACGCCAUCUGAUUUGAACAAAAUCUAUGGAUUGCAGCGGCUUGGGGAGCCAGAGGACUGUGCGGGGAUUGUAUCCUUCCUGUGCUCUUCAGACGCCAGCUAUAUCACUGGGGAGAACAUCACAGUGGCUGGCUACUCUCCUAAGCUGUGA